AGAGUGCUCCCUACUUCGUGAAGCCAACUUCCACAGAGGUCUACCUACCCGAAGAAGCGAAGUCUUGAUAAAACAUGUUAAUGCAACGUCCUCCUUAGAGACACUGCGGCCAAAGGCGCCAGGAAAGCGGUGGUAAGGGAGAAAGUGUUACUGCCUAGCCUGAAAGCAAAGUCUGUAUCACUUGUGGAACUACAUAUCAGUAGUAAGACUAAUUUAUCUUACGGAAUGGCUGAAUGGUGCCCUGCGUUAAACAAGACGAUGCUGAUGUCAAUCUCCUAAGGUGCCAAAAGCCACGCCAAAUUAAGCCUUAAAUGUAAUCCUCAGCACCUCACUAAUCGACUAAUUCGGUUAUCAGGCAGCUGGACCAGUUCCCUUUCGCCUGAUAGAGGUAUUUGCGAAAAUCCGCGAAAGGUACAGCAGCUCAAAACCCCUAAAAUGGAAUAAUGGGUAUGAUGUUAUCAAUAGGGUAUGGAUGGGAAGAGUCAAAACGGUCAGUUUUAGAUCUAUCUUUCUUCUUAUCUGGUAGUAAACGAAAUAUCUCCUGUCAUCAAGGAAACAUAUUCAAUUGUGGAACCAGAACACAGGGCUGAGAAGGCAAUUGAAACGUAAAGUCCUCUCUCGACGUACAAAGACCAAACUCUACAAGUCACUUAUAGUUCCCGUCCGGCUAUAAGGUGCGGCGGUAUGGACGAUGACAAUAUGUGAUGAGUCGACAUUAGGAGUUUUCAACAUAGAUCAGCGAAACAAGACACAACGGUUUUGAAACUAUUAGAUGCCACACCCGCCUGUGGAAGCCGAGAAAGGGGAACGGAGUGGAGGUUUUAACGAGCAGGUAGAGAAGGAUCUGGCUGUACUUGGUAUUUCCAAUUGGCGCCAAACUGCAAAAAAAUAAAUGAAUAACGCAGUUGCUAGGGACCAUCCAGAUUUUUCCUCAUAAGGCAAACUUGGCCGAAAUGGAAGCGGAAGAGGUCAAGUAAAAGGUACUCUGUAAGAAGGAAGUAUAUCCCGAAGGUAUUUGUAACACUUACUGAUCACUGUCGAUACGACGUCAAAUAGAAAGGCUAUGACUUCCUUUUAGAAACAAAAGCAAAAGCUGUGAGAAGAAUGAGUUAGCAGAUAGCACUUGGAUACAGCUAGACUUCAAUAUCUAUGUUGAUUCAUCUGAGCUAAUACGCUUUGUAAGACCACCGAAGUGAAUGGGUGCAAUGAGCCUAGUCUGACCUUGGUACAUCGCUACUACAGCAUCAUUUGCUUCAUCAUGUGGUAAGAACUACCGACGCCAUCUUAAUCGGAAAAAGCAGUUCAGCAAAGCUUUGAUAUGGGGGCGAUUAAGCUUCGGUUUCGCUCUCAUAGCCAUAUAUUCAUGACUCAUCGCCAAUGUUUUGUGAAAUUUUUAAGCAAAUCUGGAUACCUAUAGCCUUCAGGCAGCAAUACCCGAGCGCUCCUCAUGCAUCUGCCUAAAAUUCAGCCCUUUUGAAAAAAGCUACCGCUGCCACAAGGUUCUUGCCUAACUUUACUUUGCAUAGAUUAGGCCAAUCGACAUGCAGUCUUCCUAAACAACACUCCUUAUAGUGAUUCACGUUAAUUUCCUCACAUAUUGAUGAGCUUCAACGUACCGGGCGAUUAUCGUCAUUCGCAUUUCAAGCCUCUGUGAAGAGCAGUUACCUGAUAAUUGAUUAUUAGUAGACAUUUAUAAAUAAAUCAGCGCUCCUUAGCCGUUCUUAAAAUGCUUUCUCUUAGAAUCUUCUACGCUUGCUUUGUGCAUUUGAGAGAUUGGAUCUCAGAUAUUCAAUAGAAUCCAUUAUUUCAUCUUUUUGUAUUUACAUUUACAUUACAUAUACAUACAUAUACGAGUGUAUGUACAUAUGUACUCGCGAGCUUUCUAUGAUUUGUAGUUUCUCAACAACAUAGCAAAAGCUCCGCAAUGCUAAGGAAGUAGUUCAGUGUCGCCUCAGUAUUCCACCGCCGUUGACGUUCAUUUCUACAAAUUUAAUAUAGUUUUGUUUUUAUUCUCGUAAUAAUAAUGUCCAGCGUAACACGUCCGCUCCACAAAGUACUUGUCUCGCAUCCAUCGGUGCCUAAAGCGGCACUGGAUUUACUGCAACAACGCGGUUGCGAAACAAUUGUAUGUGAGAGUGUUCCACCCUCGCGUGCCGAAAUCAUACGCAAAGUACCCGGUGUGGAUGCAAUUUUCUGGGCGCACUAUCAACCGCUCAACGGCGAGAUACUCGAUGCGGCCGGUAAGCAAUUAAAGGCGGUCUCUACAAUGUCGUCAGGUCUGGAUUACGCGGAUAUAGCGGAGUUCAAGAGGCGGCAAGUACCAUUGGGACACACGCCAGGUAUUGUGAAGAACUCGGUUGCUGAUUUGGCAGUUGGUUUAAUGAUAUCAGCCGGUAGGCAUUUUCAUGCUGGCCGAAAAGAGAUCGAAAACUCUCUUUGGCGCACGGAGCAAAUCAUUUGGUUAAUGGGCCAAGAAGUGCGCGGUUCUGUGGUGGGUUUCCUUGGUUUUGGCGGCGUUGGUCAGGCCAUUGCGAAGCGUUUGCAAGGUUGGGACGCAGCCAAAUUCAUAUAUCAUACACGUACACAACGCGAAAAUCCUUAUGGCGCAGUUCAUGUGUCUUUCGCGGAGUUGUUGCGUGAAAGCGAUUUUUUGGUUGUCGCUUGCCCCUUGACACCGGAAACACGGGAAAAGUUCAAUGCGGACGCUUUCAAAGCAAUGAAGCCGAAUUGUGUCUUUGUGAAUGUCGGCAGGGGAGGUAUUGUUGAUCAACCUGCCCUUGUUAAUGCAUUAAAAACUGGUGAAAUUGCUGCUGCGGGCUUAGAUGUAAUGACACCGGAACCAUUGCCAGCAAAUGAUCCACUGCUGCAACUGCCAAACUGUGUUGUCAUUCCUCAUCUGGGCACGCAGACAAUGCAAACCACAAUUGAAAUGAGUUUGACAGCGGCCAAUAAUAUCCUCAACGCACUGGAAGGUAAACCGAUGAUUUGCCCCGCCUAUUAAGUGUUCUGAUUUCAUAUAUUUAUGUACAAUAUAUACAUACAUAAAUAUAUGUGUCAACGUAUGGCAGUACACCAAAAUCGCAUUUGUUAUUGUUAUUUACAAAAAGUGUUGUUAAUUUAUUUAUUUCAUAAAUAAAUUUUAUUCGCACUAGA